AAAACCCCGGUGAAUAGAUUUUAUUUCAACGCAGCUGGUGUUUAAUUGUUAAAUUUACGACCAAAACAGCAUUAUUUUGUGUUUGAAGUGGUGGCGCUUUUAAAAAACUUCACAAACGCAGGGAUGGCUCAUUUUGGUUAUCGCCGAAGGGAAUGUGAUCUUGCGUAUGUUUUAUAGAUCUACCACGACAUUACCGMAAAACAACCCGAGUUGUCGCAAAGCAGCUAACGUCAACGGACUGACCGGCUAGCUUGCUGAACAAGUUUCAAAGAAAAURUAAAUUAGUUUACCCAUGUUUUUCAUUAACUUCUUAUCAUUUUGCGUUAUUUUAUUAAUAUAGCUUCAGCUAACGCUUACUAAUUAACAAUAUGGAUGUUCUUCGCCCGCCUCUUAUCAAUAUAAAUGGGARAAUAUAUCGAAAAAACAUCGUAAAGGAGGAACAUUAUGAGGAGGAAGAUGAUUAUUCGUGCAUGGGACCACUGGAGAGAGAGGAUCUUGCUGAGGGUGAAACCUGUGAUGGCCAUUUAAUUGAACAGACAGAUAAGGGAUAUCGCUGCGCCAUUGAUGUCCCCAGUGUUCUUUACAAAUACAUCAUUGGGAAAAAGGGAGAAACACGUAGACGCCUGGAAUCKGACACAAAAACAUCAAUCAGCAUCCCAAAACAAGGAGUGGAGGGACAGAUUGUUAUCACCGGUUCACACAAAGCUGCAGUUUCUUCAGCGAUCACUCGAGUCGAGGUCCUUGUGGAGAGUUUCCGAAGGAAACAGCCUUUCACCCACUUCCUGUCAUUCCCGCUGAAUGAUCCCAAAGUUAAAGAAGGAUUCYUGAGAUUUAAAGAUGAGGUGUUGCAGCAGUGUUCGCAGGGACAUCACUGAAGAAAAGCCUCUGCCGUUGGCAGUGACGGGUAUAGAGUACAUGAACGAUGAUCCGGCCAUGGUAGACGUCCUGUAUGCCAAAGUCAACGUAAAAGACGGAUCUGACAAGCUGCAGCUCAUUGCAGACCGGCUGGUUGAGCAUUUCGUCUCUGCAGGGCUGAUGGUCCGAGAGUGGGACAGAGUGAAGCUGCACGGCACUGUGAUGAACACUUUAUUCAGGAAGGACCUCUCUGCUGAAGAUGCGUGUGGAGCAGGAAGACAAACCUCCAGUGACAGAGAGGCUUUUGAUGCCAGAAGCAUUUUGAAGAAAUUUGAUUCUUUUUGUUUCGGUGAGUUUGAGCUGAACACCGUCCACCUGUCUCAGAGAUAUUCAACAGACUGCACUGGAUAUUACACAACUGCUGGGAGCAUAAGCUUCUCCUGACCCUCAGAGGAGCUGAGCAUAUAAUGAGGUGCAAAAUAUUAAUAAAGUAUUGCAGCAGUCGUUAUGCACAAUUUUGCCCAGUAGGUGGCAGCAUAGUUUAGCUUUUUUAAAGAACUUGUUCAUCAUUCAGACAGUUGAUUUUUUUCCUUGAGGUGAAUAAAACCCAUAAAAUAAAAAAAAACAUUUUGAUGGAACAGACUAACAGGAAAAAUGCUUAAAUCUGUUCUGAACCCUGUUCUCAUGAAUACUUUUCUCCUGUUGUUGAGGAUGGUACAGAUGUUUCUGUAAGUUGGCCACUGAGGUGAUGUUAUUAAGUGAAACCUCAUACAGAAGUCAGAGUUAAAUAAUUGAUGUGUUCUUGCAUCACCAGACCACUUCGCACUGUUUCCUGUUGAGAAAUAAAAUCUUUAUCACAGAA